UUUACGAAACCAUUGAAAAGGAUACUCAAAAAUCGUUAAAAUACCUUGAUACUAUUUUCGAAAAAUGCCAUUCAUUGGCAUUAAAGGAUGAUUGGAAUGAAUUACUAUACGGUCGAACUGGAUAUCUUUAUUCUUUAAUCUUUAUUAGAAAGUAUUGCAAAGAUAAUGUGGAAAUUAUGACAAGGAUUGGGAAUGAAAAAUUAAAAGAAAUCAUUGAAUUAAUCAUAAAGGAUGAAUUGGCUCAGCCUUACUUUGAUGAAUUAUUUCAAACCAUUGAAUGGCUUGCAGGGUUAGUUCCAAAAGAUAAAAAUCACCCUGCAGAUACUCAGUCAACUGAUGAUUAUCUCGUUCACUUUUGCCAUGGUGCACCAGGAAUAGUUCCUGCUUUUUUAAAAAUUUAUUCUUUGUAUCCAACUCAUCCUUCAUCUAAAAAUCUUCUUUCGCAUGCAAUUGCUAAAACUGAUUUAGUUUGGGAGCGUGGAAUUUUGAGAAAAGGUGCAACAGGUCUUUGUCAUAAUACUCUUGGUAAUGCUUAUACAUUUCUCAUGAUUUAUCUUGUUACACGAGAUGAAGAACAACUUAAAAGGGCGUUGGCAUUUGGAUUAUAUGGAGGUGAAUGGGAAGAUAAAACUCGGAAAGGUGAAAUACGAGUCCCAGACCAUCCAUGGAGUCUUUUUGAAGGUCUUGCUGGUGGCAUUGUUUAUUGGGCCGAUUUAUUAACUGUAUUAAAGGAUGUUCAACAACUAGGUGUAAGUGGCAUGCAAGAUAAAGUAGAUAAA